AUGCCAACUAGCACAGAACCCUUCGAGGUGCUCUUCGAGUUCACCAACGAUGGUCCGGAGCUCGUCACGCUUCAACUUACACCGGGGUCCACAACUGAAUAUGUCACUUCCUCCCCUUCGGUAUCAGAAGGUCCGACUACUCGACUCUACCCUAAAGAAAGCGUCUCGUUGGUUUUAAACGCCGGGGCCACGUAUCACUACAUGGUGAAGCAGAGCACUCGGAAAGCACAGAUCUCGUACAAAUAA